AAUGGUAAUUACAUCCACCUUGCUUUGAUGCAUCAUCAUUUACUUUACUCACUGAACCACAGGGUCGAUCUACCUCGACCAUGCUGGGACAACCCUCUACCCCAAGUCCUUGAUGGACAGAUUCGCCAGGGAGAUGACCUCCAACCUUUUUGGAAAUCCGCACUCAGGCUCGGCGUCUUCCCAGUUGUCAACAGCACGGAUCGAAGACACACGCCUGCGCGUCCUUCGUUUCUUCAAAGCCGAUCCGGCCGACUUCGACUUGGUGUUUGUGGCGAAUGCGACAGCGGGAGUCAAGUUGGUGGCCGAUGCCCUGCGAGCUGAGCCGGAUGGCUUCGACUAUGCCUACCAUCAGGCGAGCCACACCAGUCUUGUUGGUGUUAGAGAAGAGGCUCGGAAUAGCCUUUGUCUUGACGACCAGCGGGUUGGCACUUGGCUCAUGGGGGACUGUCCUUUUGGAGAUGACGGUAGAAAUCAGCCAAUUCUCUUCGCGUACCCUGCACAGUCGAACAUGGACGGCCGCCGGUAUCCCCUGGCUUGGGCAGAGAAACUUCGUUGUGGGAGCAGGAGAACCUACACGAUGCUGGAUGCCGCAGCGCUGGUCUGCUCCUCUCCCCUGGAUUUAAGUCAUGCUGAUGCGGCCCCCGACUUCACCGUCCUCAGCUUCUACAAAAUAUUCGGCUUCCCCGACUUGGGUGCGCUUAUUGUGAGGCGGAAGGCGGAGGAGGUGUUCAGCUCGAGGAGGUAUUUUGGUGGCGGGACUGUCGACAUGGUAGUCUGCUUGAAAGAGCAGUGGCACGCGGCCAAGAACCGAUUUUUGCACGAACGACUCGAGGAUGGCACACUGCCCAUCCACAGCAUAAUUGCCCUUGAUGCUGCACUGGACGUGCAGAAGCAGCUCUUCGGCUCGAUGCUCGACGUCGCAGCGCACACUGCUUUUCUAGCAAGGAGACUCCACCGCGGGCUCAGAUCGCUGAGGCAUGGUAAUGGCGAAGCAGUCUGUGUUCUUUACUCCCCGGACCCGGAGAGAAUAGACAAGAGUGUCGGGCUUGGCCCCAUUAUUGCCUUCAACGUCCGCAACAGUCUGGGAGCCUGGGUGAGCCUGACAGAGGUUGAAAAGCUCGCUACGCUAAAGGGCUUUCAUAUCCGCACUGGCGGCGUCUGCAAUCCCGGCGGUAUCGCGUUGGCGCUCGGCUUGGAGCCUUGGGAGAUGAGACAGAACUUCAGUUCGGGAUUUCGCUGUGGAGCCGAGACCGACAUCAUGGCGGGGAAGCCAACCGGCGUGAUUCGGGCAAGUCUCGGUGCAAUGAGCACUAUCUCGGAUGUGGACAGCUUCUUGGGGUUUAUUGCCGAAUUCUAUCGGGAUGUCUCUCCAGCACCAGUCGUCCGGGAGCCGGUUUUGCAAUCCCGUGGCUCGUCACGAUGGCGCGUUCACAGCAUAUUUGUGUAUCCCAUCAAGAGCUGCGGAAGUUUCCAGGUUCCCCCAGGGGUCCACUGGGAGGUUAGACGGGAAGGGCUCGCUUGGGACAGGGAAUGGUGUCUACUACACCAGGGCACCGGUCAAGCCUUGAGUCAGAAACGGCAUCCCAAGAUGGCCCUUGUACGGCCAUGGCUAGAUUUUGAGAAGGGAGAGCUACGAGUCACAUAUACCGGAGACAUACCGAACCACAUACCCCGAGAGGUCUGCAUACCGCUCUCCAAACGGCCAUCUCUGUUUCACUCCAGUACUCCUCAAUCCAGGUCUUCUCGGGUUUGCGGAGACCAGAUUCAGGCACAAGCAUAUUCGUCGGCAAAGAUAAACGACUUCUUCUCCGGCGUUCUCGGAGUACCAUGUGUCCUAGCCCGGUUCCCGCCUGGCGGACAAGGCAAAACCGCCAGAUAUUCCAAAGCCCACCUGCAGAAACAUCAAUUACCCUUCACUGCGACCAAAAGGUCCCUUCUCCCCGGCUCCUUCCCACCGUCUCCGCCAGACUCAGACUCAGAAAAGGCCGGGCCGCGACGGAUCCUCCUCUCCAACGAAAGUCCCAUCCUCGCCAUCACCCUCCCAAGCGUCGACGCCCUCAACCGAGAGAUCAAACACGCCGGAACUCAUACGAAGGAGAUAUCACCCGCUGUAUUCCGAGCUAAUCUUGUCAUCGCCCCGGCGGAUGCCGACGCCCAUAUGGCACCCUACGCGGAAGAUGCAUGGUCAGGCAUCAGGAUCGGCGGCGAGCAGCACGAGUUCGAGAUGCUCGGGGCGUGUAGGAGGUGUCACAUGGUCUGCAUCGACCAGGAGACGGCUGAGAAGAGCGAGGAGCCGUUCGUCACGCUGUCGAAGACGAGGAGGUUUGAUGGGAAGGUGUUCUUUGGAGUGCACAUGUGCUACAAAGGUGGCGAGAGAGAGCGCACCGAGGCGGUGUUAAUCACGAAGGAGAAGCAGUUCCCCACGGUAAAGGUUGGGGAUGUCGUCGUGCCGGAGUGGCGGCGGGCCGAGUAGAUUCGCUGGCGGAACUUGGAAAGCCUUGACGUUGCCUGAGCCAGGGUAGAUGCUCUCUGGUGCAGUAGUUAUACCCGAGUUGGAAUAUCAACCAGACGUGGUGACAGUAUCUUCACCAAAGUAAGCUGUGUAGUUCUAUUGCACGCCGUCACCCUCCUCUAACGGCGACGUCUUCGGACCCCAGUUGAUAGCCCACUUUGACUUUAUUCUCCUUUUUGAGCACGACGUGCUCUCUAUCGUACAGUCCGCAGUUUUCUUGGUUGCCGUGUCGUUUAG